AUGUCGUCGUUCAGCCGCUGGAAGAAGGUGGAGCUGCUGGAUUUGGCAGAGAAGCUCAGGUUGCCGAAUGUCGGGAACAACGUGCGGAAGAGCGACCUGAUCGCGAUGAUCGAGGAGCAUUUGAACGUGCUGAAUGAACCGUUGGACGUGGAAGUGGAUUACCCGGAACUGAAGUCUUUCUACGACGCGAUAGUGGUGAAGCACGAGACGGAAGAGGCCGAGGCGGAAGAGGUCGAGGGGGAAGAGGCCGAGGAUCAGCUGCCCGAGCGGGUGCUGGACGGUUUCAACAAGCUGGAUUUCAGCGAGGAGAGCGACGAGGACUCGACGUUCAAGUUUGCGUUCGAAGACUACUUGUCGGACGUGGCGGUGCAGGUGCAGAAGCUCAACGAGUCGCUGCAGGACUCGCUGUCGACGAUCCAGUCGGUCGACGCGCUGUUCUACCUGGUGGAGUUCUACUUUGUGGUGCGGCCGCUGGUGGCGCGCCAGGACGCGUGGCUGUCGUCGAGCACUCUGGUCACGUGGGCGGUUUUCUCGGCUGGUGUGCCAGCGUUGGUGGGCUACUAUGUGAACUUUAUACGGUACGAGCUGCCGGAGGUGCAGGUGGACCCGAUGGUGUUCCAUCUGGCCAAGUUUCUGGUCGGGCUGGGGAUCCUGAACGUGGAGCUGGACGCGUCGGGCAGCGGAUGGCAGCUUUUCUUUAAGCUGGGGCUCACGUCGUGGGUGCACUAUUUGGGCCAGCUGCCCUUGGUGUUUGGGCUGGUCGGGGCGCUGCUGACGAUCUAUAUCUUCUGA